UCCUCAUAAAAAUCGUCUUCAGAUGACAGUCUAUAAUAGUAUGUCUACCGUCCCACUCAGACUAGGUUCUCGAAUUUCGUCCCGGUGAGUAACGCCACAGGCCGGGAUAGCAAGUCAUAUCCACGCUGUCGGCUAGCCAGCUCUGCAAAUCCAACCAAUGCAUCUUCUUCAAGCCCAAGCGCUCGUAAACUGAGAGCCACUGGUGAAAGCCAUCAGCUCGGAACUAUGGUUCACUAACCCGAAGCUCGAAGGAGAGACCUAAAAGAUGAAGGUAUUCCGGGACGGAUCAACUUGCUGAUAGCACCCCUCUUCCAAUACGUAUUUCCUUCUCUUGUGUAAUAUUCUCUCUACUUCAAAGCCCCUUGGCCAUAUGCGAUGGCUAUCUUCACAAGCUUAAAUACCGUUCUCUUUGCUAUCUUUGCUUUCAUCUUCUACACCAUCGGUCUUGUUCUAUACCGUCUAUUUCUAAGCCCAACUUCUAAAUUCCCGGGGUCGAAACUUGCAGCAUCCACUCUUUGGUACGAGUUCUACUACGAAGCAAUCUUACCAGGACAAUUUACUUUCAAGAUUCGAGAAUGGCAUGAGAAAUAUGGUCCAAUAAUUCGUAUAAAUCCCUACGAGAUUCACGUCGAUGAUCCGGGUUUCUAUCACACCGUAUUCUCCAAUUCCGGCAUCCGAGACAAACAUGCGUUCUAUACUGGCCAAUUCGGCAACCCAAACACAGCAUUCGGAGCCGUAUCCCACGACACCCACCGCAUGCGCCGGCAAGCGCUCAACCCUCUCUUCUCCAAAGCAUCAGUCGUUCGCCUAACGCCCGUUAUCUCUACUAUCAUCGAGAAACUCUGCCGCCGUAUUGACGAAGUGAAAGGGACAGAUCGUCCCUUAAACAUGAGAUUGGUCUACAUGUGCUUCACCACCGACGUGGUGACUCGAUAUGCGUUGAACCGCAGCUGGGAUUUACUCGAUAGUGCCGAUUUCUCGCCCCUGUGGAAGGAGAUGGUCAGGAGUACGGGCGAGAUGACGAAGUGGACGAAGCAGUUUCCGUGGUUGUUCGGGGUGGUUAAGACCUUGCCGGAGUGGGUGAUUAAAGGGUUGAAGCCGGAUCUGGGGUUGGUUCUUGACAUGCAGACAAAAAUCAACACCCAAAUUCUGCAAAUAAUGCAAGAAAAAGAACCCAAGCCCGCCAUCUCAGAUGAGCAAGAACAACUUCCUCGAACAAUCUUUCACGCUCUGUGGAAUAACCCCAAUAUUCCCUCCGAGGAGAAAAGCAUUGAUCACUUGGGACAGACGGGACAAGAUGUCAUCGGAGCAGGAGGUGAAUCAACAGGUGCCGCUUUGGCUGUCACUACAUUCUAUCUCCUGAAUACUCCUAGAGCGCUCAAGAAAUUGAAGACAGAGCUAGAGGAGGCAAUGCCGGAUAAGUACGGGCAGUGGGCUUUGAGUCUUGCAGAGGGCUUGCCUUACUUGACAGGAGUAGUCCUCGAAGGAUUGAGACUCUUCUACGGCGUCUCCAGUCGUCUCAGCCGCAUCGCACCCACCACACCCCUCAAAUACCAAAACUGGGAAAUUCCCGCAAACACUCCAAUAGGACUAACCAACUUGCUCCUCCACCACCACCCAUCCAUCUUCCCCGAUUCGCACUCCUUCCUCCCGGAGCGCUGGCUCGACAACCGCCCGCUUGAGCAUUACCUGUUUUCGUUCUCCAAGGGCUCAAGGCAAUGUGUUGGGAUUAAUUUGGCGAAGGCGGAGAUUUUCUUGACGCUGGCGACACUGUUUAGGAGGUUUGAGAUGGAGUUGUUUGAUACAACGUUUGAGAGGGAUGUGGACGUUAGGCGGGAUAUGUUUUUGCCGCAGCCGAGUAGGGAGAGUAGGGGGAUUAGGGUUGUGUUUAGAUGAGGUGGUGGGAGGAGAUGUGGGAGAUGAGAGAUUGGUGAUUGUGAUUGUGAGGGUUGAGUAUUGUGGCGCUGUGGGACAUUAAUCGAAUGAGAGAGAAGCGCACCACGAGAAGGGACAAUGCGAGGAAGGAAGGAGGUUGAUGUGACGUAUUUAGACAUUGAGAUUGGC